UGUAGGUACGUAUGGAAGAAUAUAUGCAAGUGUAAUAAAAAUGUGAAUGGCGUUGAGAGAGCGAACUUGUUCAAAAGGCGGUCCUCCAUUCCCGGCCACACUCUCUCUAUAACAAUCAACCCACAAAAUAAAAAGAAAUGAGCACAGAGCAAAUCCCAAUUCGGCAAUGGCGACACUCUCGGAGACCUACGCGUGCGCACCCUCCACGGAGCGCGGUCGCGGCAUCCUCAUCUCCGGCGAUGCCAAAACGAACAACAUUCUCUACUGCACGGGCCGAUCGGUCAUAAUCCGCAACCUCGACAACCCGCUGCAGGUGUGGGUGUACUGCGAGCAUGCCUACCCCGUCACGGUGGCGCGCUACUCCCCCAACGGCGAGUGGAUCGCCUCCGCCGACAUCUCCGGCACCGUCCGAAUCUGGGGGACCCACAACGAGUUCGUUCUCAAGAACGAGUUUCGGGUCCUCUCGGGUCGGAUCGACGACCUCCAAUGGUCCUUCGAUGGGAUGAGGAUUGUCGCUUGUGGGGACGGCAAGGGCAAGUCCUUCGUUCGCGCCUUUAUGUGGGAUUCAGGUUCCACUGUUGGUGAUUUUGAUGGCCAUUCGCGCCGGGUUUUAAGUUGUGCAUUUAAACCAACAAGGCCAUUCCGCAUUGCCACAUGUGGAGAAGAUUUUUUGGCGAAUUUUUAUGAUGGUCCACCGUUCAAGUUCAAUAUGUCCAUCAGGGACCAUUCGAAUUUUGUCAACUGUGUUAGAUUUUCCCCAGAUGGGAGCAAGUUUAUUACUGUUAGCUCAGAUAGAAAGGGCAUUAUAUAUGAUGGAAAGACGGGGAACAAACUUGGUGAGUUGUCCACGGAGGAUGGUCACAAGGGAAGCAUAUAUGCUGUUAGUUGGAGUCCUGACAGCAAACAGGUUCUUACUGUUUCCGCUGACAAAUCUGCCAAAGUAUGGAAUAUUGUUGAGGAUGGUAGUAGUGGAACGGUAAAUAAGACUUUGGCAUGUACUGAAUCUGGCGGGGUGGAGGAUAUGCUUGUUGGUUGUCUUUGGCAGAAUGAUUAUCUGCUUACUAUCUCUCUUGGUGGCACGAUCUAUUUAUAUUCUGCUAAGGAUUUAGAUAAAAGCCCAUUGUCAUUAUCUGGCCACAUGAAAAAUAUCACUGUUUUGACUCUGCUCAACAGAAGUGAAAAGAUGCUUUUGUCCAGCAGCUAUGAUGGAGUGAUCAUUAGAUGGAUUCCUGGCAUGGGAUACAGUGGUAAGUUUGAGGGUAAACAAUUUGGGUUAAUCAAAUUGUUAGUCGCUGGCCAAGAUGAAGUUAUUGCUGCUGGAUUUGACAACAAGGUAUACAGAGUUCCUCUUCAUGGGGAUAAUUUUGGUCCUGCUGAAACUGUUGAUGUUGGAAGUCAGCCUAAGGAUGUAACCCUUGCACUCAAUAACCCUGAAUUUGCUAUCGUUGCAAUUGAAUCCGGAGUUGUCUUGCUAAACGGUUCUAAAAUUGUUUCCACUAUAAACCUGGGCUUCAUUGUGACCGCGGCUGCUAUGUCACCUGAUGGUAGUGAAGCAAUUGUGGGAGGGCAAGAUGGUAAGUUGCACAUGUAUUCAGUCUCAGGAGAUACAGUUACUGAGCAGGCUGUCCUUGAGAAGCACCGAGGUGCCAUCACUGUAAUCAGAUACUCUCCAGACUUUUCCAUGUUUGCAUCAGCUGAUUUGAAUCGUGAAGCUGUUGUAUGGGACCGUGCUUCCAAAGAGGUGAAGCUUAAUAACAUGUUGUUUAACACCGCACGUAUUAACUGCCUAGCUUGGUCACCUGAUAGCACACUCGUAGCCACUGGUUCCCUUGAUACAUGUGUCAUUAUAUAUGAAGUUGGAAAGCCAGCAUCAAGCCGCAGAACCAUAAAGGGUGCUCAUAUAGGUGGAGUAUACGGGUUGGUUUUUAUUGAUCAGGAAAGAGUGGUCAGUUCAGGAGAGGAUGGUUGUGUUCGUGUUUGGAAUUUGAUUUCUGAAUAAACUUAGCAUCAGAACCUUCCAAGAUGUGAUGCAGUUUUGUGCCAAGAAAUUGAUAGUUGUCAUGUAUUAUAUGAUAUGAUGAUCAUCAAUUUUCUGCAGUGGUUAUAUAGUGGGAAGGAAAGUUAAGAUUGCAAUAGUGUUUUGGUGUGUACUCUUGAUAGAUUUCUCGUAGGACUAACAUUCGGAUAUUUUAUCCAAGCUGAAUUUUGAUCUGCAUAGAUGGGAAACUCCGUAAGUUAUUUCCAAAGAGAUUGGCAAUAACUUUUGUCCUUGUCUAAGCAAUUUAAUCCUGUCCCUCUAGGUAUUUAAUGAAAGCAAUUAAGUACGCUUUUAUUAAGAAGCA